AUGGCCAUGGACCUCCUCGACACCCCGCUACCCAACCUUUUCGAGCAACUCCACGGCGAAGAUGAGGACGGCUGGCCACCGGAGGCGCGCUUCUUGAUCGCCUCCUACUACGGCAACGUCGGCCGCCUCAAGGAGAUCGCGAGGAGGCUGGACACGAGCGGUCAGCGCGGGGUCAGCGCCACGGUGGCCGCCACCGCCUACCGCGGCAUGAGCGCCCUCCACGCCGCCGUCGGCGGGCUCGGCAGGCUCGCCGCCUGCCGCUACCUCGUCGACGACAUCGGGAUGGACGUCAACAUGUGGGACGCCUCCCCAAGCAAGAAGACCCCCCUGGAGCACGCCGUGGCCGGCGGCAACCUGCCUGCCGUCAGGUUCCUUCUUGACCAUGGCGCUGACCUCCACCAGGAAAAUGAGCAGGGCCACACUGUUCUUACACUAGCUGCAACCAAAGGUACAAUUUUGAAACCUGUACAGUGA